AUCCCCCGUGUGACAAUAAUCUGAAUAUUUGUCAGCUCGCAGCAUGCUCAGUUGCUGGAGGUUCGUGUCUAUUUUUCUAUUGUGUGCUGGCUGGAGCCUGAAGUGGGCGUCGCUCCAGGACAGACUGGGCUGCUCUGGUGCGCCGCUGCCCGCUUUUCUCUCGCAGGACUGCAGCACUCUCGUGUCGGUUUGUAGGUCGACUGAUGUCUGAAUUAACGGGGAAUUGCUCAGUGGAGAUAUUAGACUUGGUUUGGUGUGACAUGAGGAGCACUAUAGAGUCUUGCGACCGGGCGUUGCAUCGUGAGUUAUCGGGCGCUGCGGAGCCUGUCAGCAAACAUCGCAUAAUUAAUAACGAAUGUGUGUAAUUCAGAGUCUAGGAGGAUGGCGAAAUAGGUUACUAUUGAAGAAGAAGAACUAUUCUGCAAAUGGGGUUGCGGCAGAUUUUAUUCAUUCUUUGGAUGUAAUGUCCAGCUUCAGUUUUUUAUUUUCUCCUCCCACCAGUCUCGUGUGUUUGUAACACCAGAGAUUUCAUGCGCGCUUCACCCUCCCUCAGGCAGCCUCAGAGGUGGUUCAACACUGCUGACAUCACAGUGGCUCACCAAAGCAACCUGCUGAAGCAGCUCAACCAGCAGCGCCGCCAGGAGCUUUUCUGUGACUGCAGUGUGCUGGUGGAGGGCCAGCUCUUCAGGGCCCACCGUAACGUCUUGUUCGCCAGCAGCGGCUACUUCCGCAUGCUGCUGUCCCAGGGGCCCGACGGCCUGUCCGACUCUGUCAAUGCCACCUUCGACGUCUUCAGCCCCGAGACCUUCACCGUCAUCCUGGAUUUCAUCUAUUCUGGGCAGCUGGACCUCUCCAGCCACAAUGUGAUCGAGGUGAUGUCUGCAGCCAGCUACCUGCAGAUGAACAAUGUCAUCAGCUACUGCAAGAACUUCAUCAAAUCCUCCUUGGAUAUCAGUGUGAAAGAUGAAGACAGUGACCGCUGCCUCAGCUUGUCUGAGACCUGCAGCUUCACCAGUGGAGCUGGAGAGGAGACCUCAGAACAGCAGCAACAAGGCCCCUGCUCUGUCAGCCCCCCACCUGCACUCUGGACCAGGGACAACUCCAGAUCUCAGUCUGGUUUUAUAGGGAAGGACCUAGACCAGGACACUUCAGCCUCAGCCAUGAAGACUAAUCCAAGCAGCCCUGCUAAUGAGCUCAAUGCAGAGGCAGAGGACAUGCAGGACCCUCAGGACCCUCUGUACACCUUGCCUGGAUCAGAGCGCCGGCGAGGUAAAGGAGGAACUAAGAGGAGAGCGCCGAACAGCACCCGCUCCAACCAGCACGAGGACUUGGAUAUCCAGGAAGCAAGGGCUCAAAAGGCAGAGAAGGCAGAGGAGCUGUACGCAACUCUACCACCGAUAGUAGGUGUUAUUGGACACUUUAAUAAAGACUCCAACCCCAUUAUGCGCUUCAAAUGCCCCUUUUGUACCCACACAGUGAAGAGGAAGGCAGACCUGAAGCGUCACUUGCGUUGUCACACUGGAGAGAGGCCAUACCCCUGUCAGGCCUGCAAUAAACGCUUUACCCGCCUGGAGCAUCUCCGCAGCCAUUUUGAGACGAUCCAUCAAGCCAGGAAGCUGGUGUGCAGGAAGUGUAAGUGUCAGGUGACAGAGGAGACAGGGCAUGUGGUGUGUGAGGGCACACGACGCUACCGCAUGUGCACCGCGUGCAUCCAGGAAGUGGGCUGUGACAACAUCCCCAUGGACAGUCUAGAGGGGGCCAACGAAGAGCCGGCCCUGUUACUGGGCGUGGACGGGGAGGAGGAGGGGGACACCAAAAGGAGCUGGAUGGUAACCGAUGACGACGACCUCGCCGAAGACUCAGGGGCCGACCUCAUCAUCCAACAAGUGGACGACAGUGAUGAGGAGCUGCAGUGAAACUGGACCAAAGUGUGUGUGUGUGUGUGUGUGUGUGUGUGUGUGUGUGUGUGUGUGUGUGUGUGUGUGUGUGUGUGUGUUCAAUCCAUGCAAGAGAAUUUAUGCAUAAAAUAAGUGAUCCACUAAUGUAAAUACACACAUUUAUGAUGUAUUAGUUGUCUAUUAGUUAAAUGCAACUGGUUAAUCUUUCCUUUCGAUGAGAUUGUUGACCUUUGUGAUGAAAUGGAAUGCUUUUUGUUAAAAUUCAUAAAGAUAUGCAGUAUCCAAAGCAUGCAUAUUCAGUGUUUCCUCUGCUUCAGUUAUAGUUAUAUGAUAACUCUUUCAAAGAUAUGUUUUUUUUUCAUAUGCAUGGAAGAACACCUUUGUACUUUCUGGGACUCUGCUUUUAUAAAAGCUGGUGUUUAAGCUAAACAAAGUGACAAGGACAGAAUGAUGACUCUGCUAUUUUCCUACGCCCUGUAGGGAAAGUUGAGAGCAGGCUUUUUUUUUUUUCCAUGAUUCACGGUUGCAGUGCUUUUUGAUUAUGAUAUGCACUAUGAUAUGAAGCCAAUUAUAAUUUAUUUGUUUGUUUUUUUCUUUUUUAACUUUUUGACACAUUAAAGAUAUUUUUAUACAUUGUG